AAGUGAUUCCAACCUCAACAACCUCAUCUCCUCGUUGAACUUCUUUAUAAAUGCCUCAACUCGUCGAUUCUACUCGUCCUGACUCAGCAACGAUUCCUUUCUCAGCUUCAAUACUGAAGCCGGGGACGAGCUCACUUGCACCGGUGACAUCUGGAAAUUGGUCUGGUCCUUGGACGUUUCCGAUUUCUUCACCACCGGCAACGGCUCAGCGAGCGAAUCCACGUUCACCUAAUUCUCUCAUGUGUCCUUGAACGUCUUUGAUUUCUUCAGGUGCCUCGAUAACGGCAUAUACUUCUUCUUCGUAAUCAUUUUCCACGUUCUCUCCAUCAUCUCGUGCCGUUUCGACUUCUCAACUCUCAGCAAUCGACCACCUAGUUAACAACAAAUAGAAUAUACAGAAAGAAUUAUU